GUCCGCUACUGCUGCCUUCACCGACCUUACUCGCACGCGGGGCGUUGAUGUGGAUGCACGGUGGUUAACAUGUAUUGUCUGUGCUCGGCAGCAGUAGCAAAGCAGCAGUAGCCCCAGCCCAGUGGUACAGGUUUUCCGUUGCAGCAUAGCGGAGUUUUCCCCACAGGCUACCGAGGACAGAGGGAGACAGAACAGGACAACACAGCACACAGAGCAUCUCUUCUCGGCUCUUUUCCUCCUUCCUUCCUCCUUCAUCCUCCUGCAUCUUCCUCCACAUCGGCCAGUGAUUCGAAACGGAGCCCUCUGUUUAACCGGUUUUUUUCCAAAGCGCAAAAGGAAAAUCGGCGACAACAGAACCACCAUCCCGGCUGGUGCUGCCUGUGAACUGGUUCUGAAGCUGCUAGGGUUGCCGCGGACACCGAGAGCAUCCUGUCCCGUCAUUGGCCAUGGGGAAACAGAACAGCAAACUGCGGCCAGAGAUGCUCCAGGACCUCCGUGAGAACACGGAGUUCUCCGACCACGAGCUGCAAGAGUGGUACAAGGGCUUCCUGAAGGACUGCCCCAGUGGCAACCUCAACGUGGAGGAGUUCAAGAAGAUCUAUGCCAACUUCUUCCCGUACGGCGACGCCUCCAAGUUCGCCGAGCACGUCUUCCGCACGUUCGACACCAACGCCGACGGCACGAUAGACUUCCGGGAGUUCAUCAUCGCGCUGAGCGUGACGUCACGUGGCAAGCUGGAGCAGAAGCUCAAGUGGGCGUUCAGCAUGUACGACCUGGAUGGCAAUGGCUACAUCAGCCGCGAUGAAAUGCUGGAGAUCGUACAGGCGAUCUACAAAAUGGUGUCCUCCGUGAUGAAGAUGCCAGAGGACGAGUCUACGCCAGAGAAGAGGACAGACAAGAUCUUCAGACAGAUGGACCUCAACAACGACGGUAAAUUGUCUCUUGAAGAGUUCAUCAAAGGUGCCAAAAGCGACCCCUCCAUCGUCCGGCUAUUGCAGUGCGACCCCAGCUCAGCCUCUCAGUUCUGA